GAGCCAGGUAGAGUGCAGCAUCCUGAAUCGAAGGCCAGGCCCCUUGUGUUAAUUCAUGAAUACCUGCAGCGAAGCUAACGUGCAAGCUUCGGAUCGGCGGAGGGCUCGAAGGAGAAGAAUAAGAAACAACAUUUUCUGAGACCCAUCCCGUUGCGAUGUUCUUUCGAAAGGGGAGGCUUUGGCUGAGAGAUCAGGGAGAGAAGCAGGGGAAUAUUCGAGAUGAAGAGGAGGGCUAUCUCCAGGAUUACGGAGUAACGGAGCAGCUUUGCGACUUCGUCAAGGUCUUCAGCGUCGAUACCUUCAAAACUUUUCCCCUUGAAGACGAUCGGGCAGUGGAUUUUGUUGAUGGGUCCACUCCAUCAACGGCGACUAAUGUCCGCAAGGACCUCACGGAGUGGCAGGAGAAGCAUGCUACUUUGGUUCUAUCCAAAGUCAAGGAAAUUGCGCAACUUCGAUAUAUUCUGUGUCCCCGUCAUCUAAAGGAGGAACAGUUCUGGAGAAUAUAUUUCCUACUUGUUAAGAGCUAUGUGGCCCCAUGUGAGAUGCAUGCCAUACAGAAGGCAAGGAUCAAAAUGAUGGGGUUGGACCAUGAGAAAUCAGUCAAUAGAACUGUCGUUGAAGUGGAGAUGACCGAUGUGAAGAAUGAAAGCAGCUCAAAACAUCUCGGUAGCAACAUAGGCAUAGAUGAAGGUGUUACUAUUUAAUGAAAAUCACAUUCUAUUCAGUUUUUAGGACUUUGCUGAUACCCGGAUUCACAUCUUAUGCAAUGUUUUUAAUUUUGAUGAUACCCCAUGGCUAUAUAGUCGAUGACCAAGGCCCUGUUUGGAUU